AUGACCGAAGAACAGCUCCAGCGCAUCAUCGCAGCUCUAGCACCGGCAAACAGACAAGGGUCAUUCGCACGAUGCAACGCAGUAUACGACGGGACCGGCGAUAACGAGACUGUAGAGACGUUUCUCUCAGCCAUCAAGGUGUACAAGAAAAUCGAGAACAUUGACGACGAGAACGCUCUCGAAGGGCUUACCCUCCUAUUAAAAGGAGACGCCGCUGUCUGGUGGGAAGGCGCUAAGUCAGACGUCAAAUCCUGGACGGAUUUUGAAGAUCGGCUUCGGCACGCGUUCGCACCGAAGAUACCAGCGGACAUCCUGUAUCAGAAGAUAAUAGAACUGAAGCAGGAUGCGACGACCCCUACGGAGAAAUUCGUCGCAAAGAAGAGGGCGCUCAUAGCCCAACUACCCGCACCAAUCCCGUCGGAGACCAUCAGUUACAUAUGA